CCAAAACUAUUCAUUCCGCCAACAUGGGUUUAUUGAUACCUUGUCUCAUCAUCAUUCUUUCCACUUUGUCAAAAAGUGACCCUCCUCAAGAACUGACGUGCUACAAAUGCGAAAAUAAAUGUGAAGAGCAAAUCUGGAAAGAAUGCACUCCAGAACAGGACGUGUGUUUCCAGUUCAAGUAUGAAGACGGAACCAUAGAAAAAGGGUGCAUGAAAGAAUCAAACUAUGAGAGAAUCUUCGAGGAAAGGGAAGAUCGACACGGCGGCAUCCUCGAUGACAGUAGUUACAACUGUAAAGGAAAUUUAUGCAACGUUAUAGGCGACACUAGCUUUAGAUGUUUCCGGUCUUCAGACCGUUUUGACGAGAAACGAGAAAUCCAGUGUUCCCGCAGACAAGACGCUUGUGUUCAUUUUGUCUACAACGAUGGAACGAUUUUCAAAGGGUGCAUUAAAUCACGAAAUUAUCAGAAGCAGUACGACCAAAAUCAGAAAACUCACAAAGGUCUGGACAGCUUUACUUACAUGUGUAACGAAUCCCUGUGCAACAACAGAACGCUUGAAGACGACCCCAAAGACAGAUUGAAAUGUAUUUAUUGUAGAGAAGAGUGCGACGAAAUCCAAGUGGUGGCAUGUACGGAAAAACAAGACACUUGUUACACUUUUGACUAUAAAAACCUCACCAAACACAAAGGGUGCGUGAUUGGGGAAAACUAUGAACAGGUGGUCGAAAACAACAAAAAUAAAUUCUAUGGUCUGGUCAAAGAUGUCAAAUGUCAAGGGAAUCUCUGUAAUGCUAGAGAUUGAUGUUAGUGUGUAAUUUGUACUUAUUUUCGCAUUGUCGCACUUUAGCACAGUUUCGUAGGUUUUUGCUGCAGGUUGUACACUGUUUGUUAUUUAAUAAAAGGUUAAAUCAGAA